AAAGACGCAGGUGAGGGGCGGAGGCCAGUCGGCGAGUUGGCUUCGAUCUGUCAAGCGAACGUGCGUCAUUCGAGAGUCGGCUAUUGUCACUCGGUCGAUUCUCUCUGCUCUCUGCGUUCGUACGCGGUGAUCGGAGAUCAGUGUGUCAUCGCACAUCGACACGCCGACACGUUGCUUCCACUCGAGGAUGCGCCUGAUUAGUGAGACGAGCUCGUGAUAUACACGUGUUUGUGGGUGCGUGCGCGAGAUUUCGCACUCGAUCAACGAGACGAGAAGAAAACGAUAACUGUUCACAAUUUAUGACGAGAGACUCCGUGUCACCCAUCUGUCGCUGUCCGUUCAUUUACGCCUCUGUGCUGUCGACAGAUCGAUAAAUACAUACGCGUGUGUGUGUGCGUGUUGUAUAUGUGUGCGCGCCCGCGCGCUAACGUCAUACGACCACGCAGCGUGCUCCCGAGAGGAAAAAGCGAACGCCAAAUUGAUCGACUCGGUUGCCCGUGGCCAUAACUUGGAAUCGCCGUUGUCAAUAAUGAAGGCGAUGGUGGUGAGCCCAUUGGGAGGCAGAGUCCCUCCCGAUCAUCACGGUGUCUUGCACAACGGUCUGGGAAUCGGCGGCACCAGGCGCGACCUCGAGGCCGAGGAGGUGGCCGCUUACCUGACGAAGUUGCGCUCCCUCGUACCAGACAUGCCGCGCAAACGAAAGCUGUCAAAGCUCGAGGUGAUCCAAAGGGUGAUCGAGUACAUCUGUGACCUGCAGACCGCCCUGGAAGAGACGAAUGCCGCGCAUCAAGACGCAACGACGACAACGUCAACGACGUCGCAGUCGUCGAGGCAACCCCUGCUGAACGCCACCACGACGACCGCCACGACGACCGCCUCUACCAUCGCGACGUCCAUCGUAAUGACAUCGACAACGUCCGCAACGGCGACGGUGGCCGAACGGUGACCUACCGAUCAAACUCAUUAAGGUACAGGUCGCAUCUCGAGGUCAUCCUUCUCGUGGACUGACGGACUAGUCAUUCCGCUUGUGUCUCCGAAAGGGUUUUGUUCGAGCGCCAUGGACGUCGCGAUAAACUCGACUAAGAAACUUGCCCGCUGAUCCACACCUGAUUUGACGGGAGAUGAUGUCAAUCACCAGUCCCGCCGCUUCCCGGAAGAGAAAGGCGCACCCGAAGAGAUGAUACUAAGAGAGACGUUAUCGAGUUUUCGUAAAAGCGAAAAAGAUCCCGCGCCCCCCGAUUUCUUAAGGUCUUCCCUUCCCCCGCGAAGGGAAAUUGUAAAUAUAUUUGUACAUAGACUCACAUCGCGCAUUCCUCACGAGAUCUCUUUCACGGUAUAAGGACCCGGGUCCCUCCUUCCCUUUCUUCUGAUUUUUACCCUCUGGAAUCUUAUCAUUCCAUUCUUUUCAUCAACCGCGUAUUAUCUCGCAGCGAGAUCUUCGUAGUUCCGUUUUGCGAUUGACCGUGAUAGGAGGUGAUGCGCGAUCGUUUUCCCGGAUAGUAUUCAUUUUCGGCGAGAUAUUUCGGAGUACCUAGAUCAUCGGGUAUUUUCCGGUGGAGCGAGAAUUUAUUCGUCAUCGAUUAUCGUAAUGUAACGCGAACGUAGAAUCACGUGAAGACGCCGAACUCUUUCUCCGAAAAUGUUUGCUAUCAUUCGAGUCAUUAUAUUUAGCGCCCCGCCCAACUGGUCGCCGAUCGAUCGCCUUUUCUUGUCCUCUCUUGGAAAAUCGCUAUCCACGGAUCGCUAUCUAUGGAUAGAGGCGAGAUUUAUCUUGUGAAAUCGAAUGUUUAUGUGAGACGAUCGAGUUGCGAGUCGAGCGUCGAGAGAUUGAAUUUUCACCUAAAUUACAAUGAUUCUAAACCUCAAGUUUUGUUUCCUGUUAAGAUUUCACGCUCUCACCGUAUAUCGCUGAUAUAUUUUAUCAUUAUUAUAUCGUUAUAUAUAUAUAUAUAUAUAUAUAUAUAUAUAUAUAUAUAUGUAUAUAUGUAUACAUAGUUCUUUAUGUUAUAAUUUAGAGAGAGCUAAUAUCCCUUCCUCAAUCCGCGUAAAUAAUGUAUAUUUGCGAAGACUGAAAGGCUGUAAGAAUACAUUAAUCGCGGGUGAAUUGCACUCGCACAUAAAAUAAAUACAAAACUGUGUCUGCAAGUUA